AUGCAGCCCAACGGUAGGCGCUACAGCACUGCAUUGGCAUGGCUGGUUGGAAACAGCAGCCCUUCAGGCCCCGACUACCUUGAGAACUUCUCGCUGCCCGACGCCGAGCUCGCGUCCAAGAUCGAGGCGUACCUGGCCGGCAUCACCGUGACGGACCACAACCCGGCCAUCCUCUUCAGCUGGGACACCGAGGCGCUCGAGGAGUUCGUGCAGGCGGCCAACGCGCAGGCCGACGGUCACCCGCGGUGGUUCUCGGAGCCGCGAGGCAGCGUCUCGCCCAAGUCCGUCAUGAGCGACAUCAUCGGCUACCUGGCCCAGCUGGGCGGCGGCCGCUGCGACCACGUGCUGCUGGCGCCCAACUCGCUCAUCCAGUACGGCCACCUGCAGGAGCGGCUCCAGUACAUGCAGUACGACGAGUUCAUGCAGAAGUGCAUGGCCAACGUGGCGCCCGGCAGGACACUCGCGCGCACGUUCGCGCUCACGGUGCCGUCCAUCGACCGCGCCGUGCCCACGCAGUGCCUCCCGCCGCCGCCGCCGGUCCGGCAGCUCUUUGAGUAA